AUGCGAGGCGCUCUCCAUCGGAGACAUAGCACUGUAAUCUCCGAACUAAACGAAAAGGAGCGGCUAGAUAUCAACCAUACCAUUCAUCAGUCGUUCCUGGAGCCAAACGAGUCCAGACUAAUCGGUUCCCAUCUCGCCUCUAUUCACGCCACAGGGAGGCGGAGCAGAGUGCUGGAUGUGGGCACAGUACGUGGGCUGUUGAAUCAGGGAACAAAGAACCCUUCUCUGAUAUCACUGGGGUCGAACGUAAUCCAUGUCAAGUGUAUGUUACUCGAGAUUCCAAACUACCAGUCCUUCAUCGAGCGCCUUGCUGUUAUCUUGAAGCAGAACGGCUUGAUGAUUAUCGUCGAGCCCGAACCCACAUUCCAUAGCGCUCAUGGUGAACUGCCAAAGUGUAUGCGAACUUGGGAUACAUGUGUGCAAAACGCUUUUGCGAACCGCUCGAUUGACAUUUCAACACCUUCACGUAUGUUAGUUGCCCUCGAAGCUUCUGGCGUCUAUGCUUGUCCGGUGUACGUCUCCGAGGUUGGAAUACCCUGUGCGGGUUAUAUGACAGGUGAAUGUCACCAACUUGCUAGGGCAGGCCGGAUGCACUCAACCGUGAUCGCUGCCAACAUGAAGGCCAUACUACCACGCCUAAGGGGGUAUGGCUAUGACGAUAAUGAUUUAAAGCGAUUGCAACGGGGAUGUUUGACCGAGAUCAACAAUCCCAGUUCCCGGUUCUACCAACGUCUCUUCGCCUUCUGUGCUCAUAAAGUCACCCUUCGUUCUUAA